UGACCAUGGUGUUGACGCUGAGAGUUCGCCUGCAGGAGACAGCCACGCUCCUCCUGUACCAGCAGGAGAACACCUCCGUCUGUACGCUCCACCAGGAGGCUCAGGAGUACAUCAGGGAGUGGGACACUUAUACCAAGAAACGGGACGGCCAGGCAGUGAGAACGAGAGAAGUCACCACUCAGUCCUUGCUCAAGUACUACGUUGACAAGACCACGCAAAAGUCUGCUGUCCAGUUUAAGGACACUGGAAGCUGGGCAACGCAAUGGGACAUGUACGAUGAAUCGGAGAAGAUCAAGUUAAAUGCUCGACCAAUCAGGCCAGCCGACAUCAUCGCCCGGAGGCGGUCCCAGCCGGCACUCCACUACUACGGAGACCUCACUCCUGUACGUCAUUCUCAGCGGGUGGAGGAGGUGGGUGGAGUGCGAGGGGUGGGUGUUGGCCGGCUCCUUCGAGGACUGGGGUGGGUGGAGCGACAACUCUCCUCCAGUGAUAAUCUUUCUCUCCUACACGCUUACUCCAGCGGCCGCCACCAGGUCAAGGAAGGUCGGAAGGUGAGCAUGUCAUCGGACAAGGCCAGCAUUGAGCGGCUCUGGGACUUCUCGUCUAACCGGACGCUGGGCCAUCGCGUCAACUCUGUCACCUUCUGCAGGACCUCUCCGUGGCUGGUGCUGGCGACGUAUGGAUCCUUGAGCUUCACAGGUAACAUCCAGGGAUUCUUGGUCGGCUGGAACGUGAAGAAGAUCCCCCAGCCGGAACUCUGGCUUCCCCUGCCGGGGCCCGCCACUGUGGUCAGCUCUUGCCCCGCAGCGCCCCAGCUGUGUUGUGUUGCUCUUCUUGACGGUACACUGCUGGUGUACCAGCUGGAUACCCCCGCCCCCCAGCUGGUCAUGGACACCAGCGUGAGUGUGGAGAAGCACAGCUGCUCGGUGUGGGCGGUGGAGUGGCGGGACCCCCAAGUGGUCAGCAGCAGUGCCACGAAGAAGACCCUUACUCCUGCAGGAGACAGACCUCCCUCCUUCAGGCGUCUUGUUAUUGAUAUGAAGGGGACCCCUACAAGCGGGUCGGAGAUCGCCUACGUGCUGAUCUCAGCAUCUGAGGACGGGACGGUGAAGGAAUGGAUCUUUAUUAAGGGCACCAUUCUCUGCUGCACCACUCUUUUGAACGUUCGUCUUCCGCUUUGGUUGUCGCUGAGAAUAUGUGGAGGGUUGGAGGAGGUGCUGAACAGGCGGGGUGACUCUGCUGGAGAGGGAGGAGGAGGAGGUCCCCCUUCUGCUGUAGGGGGCCUUCCUCUGCCUCAGAAAGUUCCCGCCACUUCCAUACACUUCCGACCAGGGGACAAGACUACUUAUCUGGUGGGCACCGUUGCUGGAGACGUUCUGCUGUGCCGGACGUUCGAGCGAGAGCGUGUAGGAGGUGUGUACGAGGGUCACACAGCCCUGGUGACAAGAGUGGAAUGGCGCUCUACAGGAGACGACGCUAACUCUAUCUUCCUCUCCGCCGCCCUCGACGACUCCAUCAGAGUCUGGUACAUCGAUAAGCACGUCCCCAUUUGCGUCCUCAAGUUGGUCGAGCUGGUGUCUGGCGGGUAUGUGGACGCGUGCUGGUGUCCCUGGUAUGGUAACCUUAUCGCCGGCGUGCACAGCGGAGGACUGCACCUCUGGGACAUCUCUCUCUCCACCCACACGCCCAUUCUCACCUACCCACACCCAGGGGCCACCUGCGUCACCUUCAGCCCCCACACCAGGAACGUAGUAUUGGGCGACUCGGAGGGGCGUCUCAGCGUGAUCCACCUGGAAGGACUCGAGAUAUCCGCCAGCAUCUUUUUCAGGUACUCCACCAAAAUCUCCAAGCUGGCUAAGAUCGGUGUUAUACCUGUAGAACCACCCACUUGAGGCCAUCUGAGGAAACAGCUUAGGCGAAUGUAACCUUACCGGAAGAAGACCACUCGAACGAGGGACAUUGGUACAAGGUCAUACGAGGGGGAAUGUCACUCGAACAAGGUCAUACGAAGGUCAUGUCACUGAAUUAAGUUUAUACGAAGUUCAAGUUUGUGGAACAUAUUUAUACUAAGGUCACGCCAAUAAAACAAGAUCAUUAGGAGGCCUCGCCACUGGGAUAAGGUCAUACGAACAUCACAUCACUGGAAUAAUGCCCAUCGAACCAUCAAGUCACUGGAGCAAAAUCAUUUGAAGGGCACAUCAAUGGAACAAAGUCACAUAACUGGAGCUAGGUCACACAAAAGUCAACAAGAUCCCAUACAUACAUAUAUAUAUCGGAAAAUCUCUUCCCCGUGAAGGGUCCAAACUCGGACAGCCAAGCGCUCCAUACACCUUAGCAAGUUUCUUGCUAAGACUGCUCCAUACACCGUUGUUGUUGUUUAAGAUUCAGCUUCUAGGAACAAAAAGUUCCAAGUAGCACGGGCUAUGAUGAGCCCGUAUUGAACUUACCUGGCACAGGAGCGGGGUUGUAACUUGUGUCCAUACACCG